AUGAGAAAAACGCUUGCACGCGUCAAGACACUCAAUUCCGACGUGAAAUCGAAAUCGCAAUCCACAUACGCUCGUGUGACCGCGACCAAUAGUGUCAAGCCCGCCAAUAAAUCGCCUUUCUCCGAGAGGCGAUCCGCAAUCACGCUCAACACGUCCAGUCCACGAGCAUUUAUAGGAUCCCAUCCGGCGUUGGUUGUAACGCCGAUAGACAAAGAUAGCAACCGAGAUGCAAACACCGCAGAAUUGAAGCGAAUCUUAAAAGAGGCGAGCGUCCCCAACCCCAACCACUUCCGGCUCAUAUUUAAGGGCAAAAUACGCCUUCAAUUUAACAGUAUUGAAGAGCAAGAAAAGGCGGCAGACCACCUUAAAGCCACUGCCACGGACAAAUUCAUCGUGGAACCUGAAAGAAAGGACCAUCCUCGGAUCAUUCUCAAAGGUAUCUACAAAGAUACACCCUCCGAUCAGCUAGUUCAUGAAAUCAAUGACCGAAACCCAGAACUUAACAUUACCAAUGAGAAAGACCUCCAAUUGCGGUUCACAUCCUCGAACAGCAACCAAUCACUAUACAACGCGAUACUUGUUGUCACCCCCACCUUGUGGCAGAAGUUAUCGCUGAUACAACCAGCCAGAUUUAAAAUCGGCUUUCAGAAGGUUCAUUACGAGGAGUUUCCUGCCUUCAAGCACUGCCGCAAGUGCGCCCAGUUUGGAUAUACCCAAGGGCAGUGCAAAUCUAAUCAAAUAUGCACGCACUGUGGGCUCUCCGAUCACAUACGAAAAGAGUGUCCCACUGCCAACAAAACACCCUCAUGCAUUGUAGGACAUUCAACUCGAUAUCAAAAUCUAAAAAUAAGCUGGAUGAAAAACACCACCCGUUCGAUCAUUCCUGCACUAGACUCUAGUCUAUGCGGGACAGAAUCAAAUCCAAAGUGGAUUAUGGCAAUAAGUAAUUAG